ACGAGGAUGCUCCUCACCGCCCUUAGCCUCGCCUCUCUCAUCGUUCCAGGCAUCAGUGCUCUAGGGCCACCAGCCAACUUUAUCAAGAACAUUGUCACAUUUGGAGAUUCCUACUCGGAUAUUGUGAGCGUCGGGGACGGAGGCACGGCUUGGCCGGUAUACCUCGCUGGCUACGCCAACCUCACAUUGUUCCCGUUCGCAAAAAGUGGUGCGGUGUGCAACCAGAGCCUCACUCCUAGAUCGGCAUUCCCAGCUGUGGUUCAGGAUGAGCUUCCGGCAUAUCUCGACUCGGUCGAUGUUGGGAAUAUUACCGGGAGUGCGAAUGAUACGUUGUUCACGUUGUGGAUUGGUACCAAUGACGUCGGGCCAAACACUCUCCUCACUGGAGGCCAAACCAACGGCGUUACCAUCGUCGACACGACCGCAUGCGCAGUCAACGUCCUCCAGACACUGUACGAUAGCGGAGCGAGGAACUUCCUCUUCCAAAAUAUGGUCCCAUUUGAGCUCCUCGUUCUCUACCAAGUCGACUCUUACCCGAAUCGGUUUUGGACACAACCGCGCAACACAACCGAGUGGAAUCUAUUUGUUCGAGAACUGGGUGUCUCUGGGAAUGAGAUUGGUGAAUUGAUGCUCAGGCUCCUGGCCGCAUCUCUUCCAGAUGCCCACAUCGGUCUUUUCGACUCCCACUCACUGUUCGAGGACAUCGUCGCCAACCCAGCAUCGUUCCUGAACGGUACUGCGCCUUUCAACACAACGGGAUGUGUCCACUCGUGCGUGUUUACCGAGGGUGAAAGUACGUCGGAUACGGAUGAUUGUAUUCUCGUCAAUGGGACAGACAGAGACAGUUACGUUUGGUUCGACGAGCUCCACCCAUCUGAGCAGUCCGACCGGAUUGUCGCACGACAAAUCGCCAACACGCUACAAGGACUGGGGAGCAACUACACGACGUGGUUUAGUUGA